UUGCGACGAAGCGGCCGCAGCCGCAGCUACAGCAAAGCCGAUCAACAUUUGAAGUUGGGCCAAAAAGGCGGCCAAACGCUCACAGGAACAUUCAGUUGUGCCGCGAACGUUGUGCGCUACACACGUGACUCUCUUAGUCUCUGCCGCUGUCGUGCCGGGCUGCCACAUAACCGUUAACGGUUAAACGCAAAAAAGCUUACAGCACUUACAACAACAGCAACUGCAAGUCUUGUGACAGUGUGAAAGAAGAGAAUUAGAAAAGCUGCUCAACGCUGAGCCGAGAGUGUACUACAUUUUGUGUAUGUGUAUGUAUGUGUGUGUGUGAGUGAGUGUGCGCGUGUUUAUAUAUCCGUGUGUAUUUGUGUGCUUUGUAAAUGUCUCUGAGCACAGAUCGUUCAUACAAAAUGAAGCUGCGCGAUGUGGAAAAUGCCUUCAAAUACAGGCGCAUACCUUAUCCUAAGCGGUCUGUGGAGCUGAUUGCAUUGCUGGCCAUAUCGUGCACCUUCUUUCUGUUCAUGCACACAAACAAAUUGAACAGCCGUCUGAAGGAGAUGGAGGUGAAGCUGCAGCCAUCCGAAUUCUCGGCCCUGGGACUAACUGGCAAUCACAUAAGCGGCCAUGAUGCGGGCAAACACGAUGAUAUCAAUACGCUCCAUGGCACCUAUCAAUAUCUGAAGAGCACUGGCCAGCUACAUGGCCGCAACGGCCACUCGCGCAGAAGUGGCGAGCAGAUGUACGAUGAAUUGGACCAUCAUGGCAUAGCGCAUACAUCGCAUAAUCAUCUGCACAAGGCCGGGCACGACAGGCAGCUGGCGAUGCCAAGGAAUGACGAAGAAGAUGAUCUUUACGAUGAUGACGCCAACGAUGAUGAUGAUGAUGAUAAUGAUGAGGCUGGUUUCAAUUCGGCAGCAGAUGCGCUGAACAACACCAAAAAGGCGGAGGCGGACUUUGUCUUCUUCAAUCGCGUGCCCAAGGUGGGCAGCCAGUCGCUAAUGGAGCUGAUGCGUCGCCUGGGCAAGAUCAACGGCUUCGUGCACGCCCGCAACAAGGGCAGCGUCAAGGAGACCAUUAUGCUGCCCAAGGAGGAACAGAAGACUCUGAUCGGCCAUCUGCUGACACGGCCCAUGCCGCACGUCUACAGCCAGCACAUAGCCUACAUCAAUUUCACCCGAUUCCAGAUGCCACGCCCCAUCUACAUAAAUCUGGUGCGAGAUCCCAUCGAGCGCAUCAUCAGCUGGCAUUACUAUGUCCGGGCGCGCUGGUACUACAAUGACAUGAAGGCCAAGCUGGGCGACAAAGCGAUCAAAAUGCCAUCGGACGAGUUCCUCAACCUGGACCUGGACACCUGUGUGCGCAAUCGCGAUCCGCACUGCACCUUCGAGCAGAUGCAGGUGAAGAAUCCGGCGGGCGAUCAUCGCCGACAGACGCUGUUCUUCUGCGGCAUGAACAGGAAGCUGUGCAUGCCCUUCAAUUCGCCCGUGGCCAUGCAGAAGGCCAAGCACACCGUGGAGUCGGAAUACGCCGUGGUGGGCACCUGGGAGGACACAAACAUCACGCUGACCGUGCUGGAGCACUAUAUACCGCGUUAUUUUCGCCACGCCAAGGUGGCCUACUAUCUGGGUGAGGAGCACUUGUCCCGCAUCAAUCGCAACAAUGUCACGCGCAUCGUGAGCGACGAGACGCGUCAGAUCCUACGCAAGAAUCUGACCAACGAAAUCGAGUUCUAUGAGUUCUGCAAACAGCGUCUCUAUCUGCAGUACGCAGCGCUUGGCAACGGCAAACGCUUUGGCGAUGAUGACUAUUUGCUGAUGCCGGAGAUGCGCGACGACGAUGCUAAAGACGACGAGUAUUAAACAGACGUGCAUAUAUAUAUACA